UGUGGGUGAGAGCAGGUCCAUGGAGAGGCUGAGGCUGAGGCUGGGAGUCGGGACGGGUUGAGUGACUUGGCCAUGGAGGAGCGGCUCCGGGGCUGCCUGCCCUGCCUGGGCAGCCUGUGGGACUACCUGUGGCCCAAACCCCAGCCACGCAACCCCUUCCCCCAGCGGCCAGAGGUCACCGUUAUCUCAGGUCCCUUCCCGGAGCGGGGCGCCCCCCCCUCCCCCCCCUCCCCCCCGGCCCUGCGCCCCAGUGCCCCCCUCCCCUCUCUGUUCGUGGCUCUCUAUGAUUUCGAGGCCAGGAGUGUGGCAGAGCUGACAGUGGCCAAAGGGGAGACCCUGAGGGUUCUCCAGGACGAAGGGGACUACGUUCUCGCCUCCAAAGUGGUGGAAGACGCGCAGAGGAAGGGUUUGGUGCCCUCCACUUAUGUGGCGCAAUUGGAGGAGAGUCUCACAAACCAACAGUGGUACUUUGGAGACAUAUCUCGAACCAAUGCCGAAAAAUUGCUUCUCUCUCCAGAAAAUGCAACUGGAUCUUUCCUCAUUCGUAAGAGCCAGAACAGUCAGAAUGAUUACACAAUCUCAGUUCGAAGUAAUACUGUGCAUCAUUUUCGAAUUUUCCUGGGAUCUAAUGGCUCCUUCUUCCUUCAUAAAGACCAAACGUUUCCUACGUUAGAUAAACUUUUGCAGUUUUACAAAACAAACUACAAGCUGCUGGGAUUUCCAUUAACAAAACCAUGUGCAAAGGCAGCUCCGGAAACCGAUGAAUGGGAAACUCCGAGAGAAGAGUUCACUUUGCUCAAAAAACUGGGAGAAGGUCACUUUGGAGAAGUCUGGGAGGGAAUGUGGAAGGACAAGCGGGUGGCGAUCAAAACACUUAAGACGGACGAUAUGAAACAGGAAGACUUUGCUAAAGAAAUACAAGCUAUGAAGUCAAUAAAACAUCCCAAACUAAUGCAGUUAUAUGCCAUUUGUUCCAUUGGGGAACCUGUUUACAUUGUCGUUGAACUGAUGACCAAGGGAAACUUACUGGACUAUUUGCAAGGCGCUGAGGGAAAAACACUGACAAUGAUGCACUUCUUGUACAUAGCCAGCCAAGUGGCUGACGGAAUGGCUUACUUGGAAGAACUUAAAUUUGCCCAUCGCGAUUUGGCUGCAAGAAAUAUCCUCGUCGGAGAGCAGCUGGUCUGCAAAGUAGCAGAUUUUGGGUUAACACGGCUAAUCCGGGAUGAUAUGUACCAGCUUAACGUUGCGACCCGAAUACCUAUUAAAUGGACAGCACCAGAGGUUUCAAAUUUCCAGAGAUAUUCGAUAAAGUCUGACGUCUGGUCCUUUGGUAUUCUUUUGUACGAAAUAGUGACGAAAGGCAAAGCACCUUACGAAGGAAUGACAAACAAAGAUGUUGUGGAGAAAGUAAACAAUGGCUACAGGCUCCCUUGUCCUAACGGCUGUAGCAAAGAUGUUUAUGCGAUUAUGCUCAGAUGCUGGAAUAUAUCCGAGGAAAACCGACCAACAUUUAUUGAUUUGAAGAAUGAACUUGAUGUACUGUAUUCUGAACAUUAUUACCAAAGUUGAAGUUUUGCGGAGGAACAAGGCAAAUACCCACUGCCAUGUGAUGAAAUCCACAGUGAAUGACUGACUCAACUUUCGUUGAAAUAAGCCAUUGCAAUGUAAUCGUUUUCUAUAAAAAUAAUUCUAAUGGUAAUUCACUUGGUCUAUUGUAAUUAAAUCAAAAACAGAUAGGACAUUCCAAAGGGACAUCGGCAGGCAUUUGCUGUAACAUAGGAACUGUAAAGUUAGGAGAUCUUCAUGGAUGAUUUAGGAUGUUUUAGAAUGUACGUUAUACCAUUCAAAAUAUUUAAAGAGUUACAGGGUGCUGAGAUGGGCAGCAAACUAAGCAAUAGUAGAACUACAA